AUGGCGCCGCGGCGGCCGAAGGGCACAGGGCGGAAGAAGAUCGAGAUCCGGCGCAUCGAGAGCAAGCUGGGACGGCAGGUACGCUUCUCCAGGCGCCGCGUGGGGCUGUUCAAAAAAGCGAGCGAGCUGGCUACCAUUUGCGACGCCAAGGUGGCCGUUGUCGCCUUCUCCCCGGCCAACAAAGUCUUCACCUUCGGCCACCCCUCCGUCGACUCCGUCCUCGACCAUUUCAUCAAGACGGAGGAAGCGGAGGAAGCGGGCGGCGGCGGCGACGGCGACGGCGGCGAGCUGAACCAGGCGAUGGCGGAUCUGAACCAGGCGCAGGGCGAGCUGAGCCAGGGGCUGGCCGAUGCGUACCAGGAGAACUACGAGCUGCGCGGGCUGCUGGAAGCGGAGCAGGCGCGGAACAAGGCCGCGCAGGAGGUCUUAGCGAAGGCGCGCACCGAGGGGUGCCAAACGACGGCGUGGCUGGACGGCUACGCGACCCUGAUGGGGGAGCCGGACCUGCUGCCCUACGAGGCCGUGAUGGCAAAGGUUCAUGCCGCUGUGGCGACCGAAGCCAACAGGCUGCGUCAGCAGGCGCUACUCCUCCACUUCACGGUGGCUGGUGGUGGCGGCGGGUUGCCCGUCGGUGGCACCAACGGCGGGUUGGAGACGCUGCACAAGCUUGACAUGAUGAUGGGGAUGCCGCCGCCGCCGCCGCCGCCGCCUGGGUACGCCGCCGGAAUGGAGACGCCGCUUCAGGGGUUUGGGCCGCAUGGCUUCCCCCAGUGA